AUGCUCGCUAUUCUAGCAGGAGCCAGCCUAUCCGGUGUUGAUAAACACCACGGCGAUUGUGUGCGAGUCUGUGCACAAAUGUGUCUCUUUUCAUGUCUCGACUAUGAUGAAAGACCAGAGUCGUUCUCCCUCUGCAAUAAAUUCUGCCGACAUAUAAACAAACGAAAGACCCGAUCUGUCCGACCAACUGGGAACUCGUCCGGUUCCUUUUUGUUAGUCAUUAUGAGUUGGGAUGUACAGCCCUGCCUGGCCUUUGAUGAAGCCUACUCCCUUUUUUGCCGGCAAUUCGGCGGACAGGGGUGGCUUAGGUACAACCUCGUCCUCGGGCGUGAUUAUUUUGCCCUCCAUGCGAGAGGAUCCAAGCCGAUCAACUGGUUGCGAGUGGAACGGCGCGUGUCGCGAGAAGUUGGCCAGGCACUUACUAAUGUCUUUGCUGGUGAUACAAAUAAUAGACGUCGUGAUAGCGGUGGUGAGGAUGACAAUAAACUGGUCUCCAAUCUCGGAAGGGAUCUAUUCUGGGGAACAGAUCAAGGGGACGCCGGCAGUAAGUGGGGCCCGUCGAGGUGGGAAAGGGCACAUGGGAGUGUGCUCGACACAACGUCGGGCUCUCGUAAAGCAUGCCCACUGUGGAGCUGCGCAGAUAGGCCAUGUAGACUGGCAGUCGUAUUCGCAUUAACAACUAACCGUUCUGUCAUCGGGUCCGUCCCUUUUUCACUCUUAGUCCGUGUAAUUGUGGGCACACGUGACCGAUUAAGUCCUGCUGUUCGACAUGUCGACUUGGUCAACUUGUGA